GAAAGUUUGCGUCUUCGCGAGAGAGAGCUAGAGAGAGAGAAAGAGAGAGGAGAGAAGGAGAGGGAAAUCAAUGUGAACGUGGAAUUCGAUGGAGAUCAGAUGUGCUAACUCGCCACGUCCAAAACCCAACUCUUUCUGCAUGAACCCCUCCUCCUCGAAUCUCCCUCCCUCUCUCUUCUCUGAUAAAUAUUUCGUCUUGGGUUCUUGCUGAAACGCCGCUUUCUCGAGGGAGUUGAGCGGGAGAGCGGUUGCUUUUCGUGGAGGGGUUCUGAGGAAGAUCCGAGGCGAGAGGAGCCAUGAACGGGAACCAGCAAGAGAUGGUCGAUCUAGAGGCCCAAAACCAGAAAGCCGACGUUGACGGCGACGACCUGGGACUCGGACGAGGUGUGGCGGCGGCGGCGACGUCGUGUAUUUUCAGCAAGUCCAGUACCACCCCCAUCACUCUCAAGUUUCGCAACGUCGUUUACAAAAUAAAGAUUCAUAGAGCAGCGGGAGGAUUCCUCCGAAAGAGUAUGAAGACCGAAGAGAGAGUGAUCUUGAAUGGACUCACCGGCGCCGUUCAACCAGGCGAAAUGCUGGCCAUGCUCGGCCCCUCGGGGAGUGGGAAGACCACCUUGUUGACCACCUUGGGCGGGCGGCUUGCAGGCGGCCACUUGGGCGGGACCAUAACCUACAAUGGCAAGCCCUUCUCGAACUCGUUAAAGCGGAGCACCGGGUUCGUGACGCAAGACGACAUCAUGUACCCUCACCUGACUGUGACCGAAACCCUAGUCUUCACGGCCCUCCUCAGGUUGCACAAGAGUUACACCAAAGAAGAGAAGGUCAUGCACGCCGAAGAAGUCAUAGCUCAGCUUGGCUUGACCAAGUGCAAGAACAGCAUCAUCGGGGGCGGCGGCCUGAGAGGUGUAUCGGGAGGAGAGAGAAAGCGGGUCAGCAUAGGGCAAGAGAUGCUCAUUAACCCUAGCUUGCUGUUUCUCGACGAGCCGACGUCGGGGCUCGACUCGACCACGGCUCAGACGAUUGUGUCCAAGUUGUGGGAGCUUGCGAAAGGGGGAAGGACAGUGGUUAUGACAAUUCAUCAGCCUUCGAGUAGGUUGUUCUACAUGUUUCACAAGGUGUUGCUCUUGUCCGAGGGAAAUUCCUUGUACUUUGGGGACGGAGCGAGAGUGAUGGAAUACUUUGCCGGCAUCGGAUUCACACCUUCCGUGGCCAUGAACCCUGCCGAUUUUCUCUUGGAUCUAGCGAAUGGCAUUGGAACCGCUCCCGAAGAUGAAGAUAAAGAAAGCAAAAGCGCGAUAAAGCAGACCUUGGCUUUGGCAUACAAGAACCAUCUGGAGGACGAAUUGAAGCGAGAGCUCUGCGCGAUCGAUGAUCGCUUCAUUAACCAAGGACAAGAGCACAAGCAUUCCGAUCGUUGGCCGACGACAUGGUGGCAACAGUUCACGAUCCUGCUCAGAAGAGGGAUCAAAGAGAGGAAGUACCAGUCCUUCUCCGGCAUAAAAGUUGUGCAAGUGACGAUCGUCGCUUUCAUCAGCGGCUUACUAUGGUGGCAAUCCGAGGCUUCUAAUUUGCAAGACAAGAUCGGGCUCCUCUUCUUCUACUCGGCGUUCUGGGGCUUCUUCCCCCUCUUCAACGCCAUCUUCACCUUCCCGAGGGAACGGAUGAUGCUCGAGAAGGAGCGGUCCUCGGGCAUGUACCGGCUCUCCUCCUACUUCUUGUCCCGCAUUGUCGGCGACCUCCCGAUGGAGCUCAUCCUCCCUUCCGCCUUCGUGAUCAUCACGUACUGGAUGGCCGGGAUGAAGCCCACGUUGGCCAACUUCCUGUGCACCCUCUUCGUGCUCCUCUACAGCGUGCUCGUGGCGCAGGGCCUCGGGCUGGCCAUUGGGGCCACGGUGAUGGACCAGCAGUCGGCGACCAUCCUCGGGUCGGUGCUGAUGCUCGCAUUCCUCCUCGCCGGUGGGUACUACGUCCAGAACGUGCCGCCCUUCAUCGGUUGGAUCAAGUACCUGUCGGUGAGCCACUACACGUACAAGCUCCUGAUGGGGUCGCAGUACAAGCCCGACGACACGUACCCUUGCGGCGGUUCCUCCUGCUUGGUCGGGGAUUAUCCGGGGAUCAAGAAGGUGGGGCUCGACGGGCAGGCCGUCUCCGCCAUUGCGCUGGGGAUUAUGUUCGUUGGGUACAGGCUCCUCGCCUACGUUGCUUUGAUGAGGAUAGGGAUGACCAAGAAAAGAAAGUAGCGAAUUUUUGUUUCUUGUUUCCUAUUAUUUUAUGCUUUUCAUUACGUA